AUGGGCGGAGCUUCCAAAACUCCACAAAAAACGCACAAAAAUGCGAAGAAGGCGCCGGAAUUGGCGGUGGGAGCCAAUUCGGGAAAAGCCUCGCGUUUCACAAUGUCCGAAAGAAAUUUGGGAUUGAUGCAGGAAAUUAUCCGAAAAGAUCCAGAGUCCUACAAAGAGGUGAGCCGGGUUUUCCAAUUUUUCACGUUUUUUGCUAACUUUUCCCGUUAUUAAGGAAUUUCUGGAGCAAUUCAAUCAUUUUGUGCAAACGAUGAAACUUCUGCACCUGCAACCGGAUCUGACUCGUCAGGAAAUGCAAUCGCUCAUGGAUUCCGUCCUUUUUCUGUCCGGACUCGCGAAACACUAUCCGACGGAGGCGAAGCAGUUUUCCAAUAGUCUUUUCGAGCUGCUCCGCGAGCAAGGAGCCGGUUUGGAUGCUGAUGUGCGUUUUUGGGAUUUAUUACUAUUUUUUCUAGGGCUGGGGAAAGUUUCGGCCUGGACUUUGAACCCACUUGCAAUUAUCCGAUCGGACCCAAACUUUGCAGGUUUCUUCGACUUGGAUUCAAGUAUUUUGAGACAGAGCUUCAGACCGAUCCGAUUAUCCGGUCCCAAGCAACUUUCCCAAAAACUAGGCCUUUUCGGCCUCUGGUCCACAUAUCUUGAGACCAGAUCGGUCUGAAACUCGGACCCAAAAUACUUCAAUUCAAGUCCAAAAAGCCAACAAAUUUUGGGUCCGGUUGGAUUAUUGCAAGUAGUCAAAAAGCCUGGACCGGCGUUUUGCCAAUCCCAUUUCGCACAAAUUCCAGGUCCGAAUGUCUUUCUGCAAGGCCCUCGUGCUCCUUCGAAACCAAGAUAUGGUCGACCCGAUUGAACUUUUGGAAGUUUUCUUCGAGCUGGUCAAAGUUGAGGACAAAGCACUCAGGUACAUAAAUUCCAGCAUUUUCGAUUAAGAAAUCACCAUUUGCAGAAAAUUCCUGCUCGCCUCGAUCAGCGCCCACCUAAAACGCGUCUAUCACAAGAAGAAGGACGUGAAAAUGUUGGGAAAAAUCCAGAAUUUGUGUUUUUCAAAGCUCAAAGACUCGCGUUCGAUUGUGGCGCGUGCCGCCCAACUCGUGUGCAUCGACGCGUUCCGUCGCAAAUUCUGGAGAGACGCCCGCACGGCCAACGUCAUCUCCGAGGCGUGCUUCCAUAAGAUUCCCAAAAUUCAGGUAAUUUUUUGUAAUAGUAUUUUUGCAUGAUUAUUCGCAUUUUUCGCAGGUGACCUCGAUGAAAUUCUUCCUGGGAUCCGAAGAGAACGGCGAAGACGAGGAGGAUGAGGACGCGAUCGAUUCGGACGCGGAGGACAACACAAAGACGCUGAAAGAAGUGAUGAACUCGUUCCGAAACGUGAAAAAGACGAGAAAACGGGCGAAGAACGUGGAGAGAGCGAAGAAGAUGAUAAGCAAGAAGAAGAAGCAGAAGAAGGAGGGCCGAUCGAAGGAAUGCAACCUGAUGGCCAUCCAGUCGCUCUACGAUCCGCAGGAGUUUGCCGACAAACUGUUCGGAAUGCUCGAGUCGAACAAAAUUGGCAAAUUCGAAGUACGACUCUUCAGGUAACCCGCCCUUGUUUUUAUCGAUUUUUGUGUACUAGAACGCCCGGUUGCGAAAAUGGGAAAAUUAACUCGAAGUUUAAAACAUCACUUUAGAAUCGCACUCGUGGCCCGCAUCAUCGGAAUCCACCGUCUGCACACGCUCUCCUUCUACUCGUACCUCCACCGAUUCCUCCAACCCAAACAGCGUGACGUCACCAAAAUCCUACUGUACGCGGCGCAAGGAUGCCACGAAAUGGUGCCGCCGGACACGGUCGAACAGCUGAUCCGCGUGAUCGCCAACAAUUUUGUGACGGAUCGCAACUCGCCGGAAGCAAUGACGGUCGGAAUUAACGCGAUCCGCGAAAUUCUCUCGAAUUGUCCGUUUGCGGCGACCGAAGAAUUGCUGCGGGAUCUGUCCGAGUACAAAACGUACAAAAAUAAGAAUGUUUCGAUGGCGGCGAGAAGUCUGAUCACCCUCUUCCGUGCGGUCAACCCGAAGCUCCUCGCGAGAAAGGACCGCGGACAUCCAAAGGGCCAAGGAGAGGAAAACGCGGAAAAAGUGAAAGAGUACAACGGAUUCGCGCGUCCGACCGUGCACGAUUAUAUCAGCGGCGCCGAGAUCCUGGAUGAGGACGAAGUGGGCGGGGAGCAGGGACAAAUCGACGAGAAGGACGAGGAAGAGAGCGAUUUGGACGUGUCCGACGUGGAUACGGAUGAUGUGGAUACUGAUGAGGAGGAGGAUGCUCCGGUCGCAAAGAAGAGACGUGUUGAGGGUAGGUUAACUUUUUCUGUUUAGAAAAAAACCUAUUUCCAAUCGUAGAAGAUUCUUCUCGGAAAUUGAAUAAAAAAUGUUUGCAGUAGAACAAGAAGAGGAAGAAGACGAGGACGAUGAUGAAGACGUGGACGACGAGGAGGACGUGGAGAUUGACGAUGAAGACGAAGAAGUGGACGAUGAAGAAGACGUCGAGGACGAAGACGAGGAGGAAAUUGACGGAGAAGAAGAGGAAGAGGAGGACGAGGAAGUCGCCGCCGAGGCUCCAGAAUCCGCGGAAGCCGUGUCAGAAGAAGAUCCGAAGAAGAAGGCGACGAAAAACUCGAUGGACCGCAUUCUGACGCAGGAAGACUUCAAGAAUAUCCGAGCGUAUCAGCUGAAAAAGCAGUUGAUCGGAGAGAAAAGACUCAAAAAACAGAUGGGAAAAGGAAGAUCGAAUGCGGACGAACAGAUUGUCGAGGAAAUGACCGAGAAACUCGAGAUGUGAGUAUAGAGUUUCAGACCGAUCAGAGCAUCUGGUCCCAUGUGGAUCGGAUGCCAAAAAUUGCGGCCAUUCCGGCGUCAAACCACUAUAUCUCUUUUCUACAAAUUUCUUUCAGGAAGCGCUCUUCGGACGGACUGGCGCGCCUCUCGGAUAUCGAGCACUUCUACAAAAAGAAGCGGCAGACGAAGGAGGAGAGAUUGGCGGAUGUGGCCGCCGGACGCGAGGACGCCGACUACAAAUUUGGAAGACCCAAAAAGAAUGUGAGUCGUCCUUUUCCAGAAAAAUUACAAUAAGUCCAUUUUUCUUUGCAGGGACCAUACGUCGGACGAACCAACGAGCAAAACGCAAAGAAAAAGGUGUUUGCGAUGGUGAAGAACAAGGUUCGCGGUCGAAAUCGUCAACGAUCGUUCCGGGACCAGCAGAAGUCGCUGCGCAACUAUCUGAUGCGCCAAUCCGGACGCAAACCACAGUAA